AUGUUCUCGCUCUGUAAGUCCUUGAAGCACUUAUCAUAUCUACUCCCCACGCUUCCUUUCCCCCUCCUCCCCCCCUCUCUCACUCCUUCCUUUGCCACCCUACUUUCUCUUCAAUUGUUCCCCUAUCAUACCUCUCUCCCCCCCACAAUUGAUGGUCUCGAAUUUCCCAUAUUGCCGGCUGACGAGAAACGAAAUUGCGUUGGACGGCAUCACACGCAUUACUUCAAAGUAAAGGUAGGUGGCCCUAAUUCUUGGCCAGUGCCCCUAAUCAUUUGGCCACCUUGUUUGUUACGUAAUAAUAAUCGAAAUUAUAAUAAUUAUGCACUCUCGGUCCACACAAUGGCCCUUCUCAUCUCUUCUGAAUGCGGUUGUGCCAAAACAUGUAGUGGAAUUCAAAAACAAAUCAGACCAAUCGAUUCAGCUGUGUCCAAAACAGCGGAAUACGAUCUAUCAGAUCCUAGAUCCUCAUGA